AGUUUUUAUGGAGAAAAUUGUAAUAAUAAUGCGAAGAAAUUUGUCAACGUUGCAUCCAAUGUGUUUUUGACAGCACACAGAACUUUUUAAUUUCGCUAUAUUUAAUGUGUUUUAAGUGAAAUAAAGUGUUGUAAAGUGAAAAUGCAUUAAUAAUACAAUAAUUUAAGUAGUUGAACAGUAUUUAGCGAUAUAAACAAACAAUGGACCCCAAUUUGCCGCCUGGUUUCGUGCCGCCGCCAGGCAUGGGUACGCCACCGUUGAUGCCCCCGGGGCACCCAAUGGGCGGUUUUCCGCCCAUUAUGACUCCUUUUAGCGUACCUCCCCCAGGUUUUGGGGCUUUCCCCCCAACAACGGGCACUGCUGAUGCCUGGACGGAGCACAAAUCGCCAGAUGGGAGGACUUAUUAUUAUAAUGGGGCCACGAAGCAAAGUUCUUGGCAGAAGCCGGACCAGUUGAAAAGUCCGGCAGAGAUGUUGUUGUCGCAGUGCCCGUGGAAGGAAUACACUGCGGACAAUGGGAAGAUUUAUUAUCAUAAUAUUAAUACGAAGGAGAGCAGGUGGGUUGUGCCACCAGAGUUGGAGGAGAUUAAGAAGAAGAUUGCUGCUGAGGAGGCUAAACCGGCUUCAGCCCCCAUAACUCCAAAAGAGGUUACUAGCCCUGCUCCAGUGUUGCCAAUCGAUUCCGCAACUAACUCGCCAGCUGCUUCAAGUCCGGGAGGCAAAAGCGCGUUGGAGGCGGCAAUGGCGGCCACCUUGGCCUCCAUAGCUCUCCCCACCCCGCCGCCGAAAAUCGACGAGGAUUCCAACCAAUCGGGUCACGGCGAAUCGAAAGCGAAGGAAUCUCGAAACUCGACCCCCGAACCGCGCACUUUCGCCAACAAAAAGGAGGCCAUGGAGGCCUUCAAGGACCUCCUGAAGGAGAAGAACGUGCCCAGCAACGCCUCCUGGGAGCAGUGCGUGAAAAUCAUCUCGAACGAUCCCAGGUACGAAUCCUUUAAAAAACUGAACGAGAAAAAGCAAAUUUUUAAUUCCUACAAGACCCAAAAGCAAAAGGAUGAAAAGGAGGAGAACAGACUCAAAGCCAAAAAGGCUAAGGAAGAACUGGAGGUAUUUUUGAUGAAAACCGACAAGAUCACGUCGAACACGAAGUACUAUAAGUGCGACGAAAUUUUCAUGCAUUUGGAGAUAUGGUCGAGCGUGAGUGAUUCGGAUCGACGGGAUAUUUACGAAGAUGUUGUCUUCGCUUUGGCGAAACGGGAGAAGGAGGAAUCUAAGGUUUUGAAGAAGAGAAAUAUGAAGAAGUUGGCCGAAGUUUUGGACAGCAUGCCGAAAAUAAAUUACGAUACCACUUGGAGUGAAGCCCAGUACCAACUCUUGGAAAACACAUCCUUCAAAAACGACGUGAACUUGCUCGCUAUGGACAAAGAGGACGCCCUCAUCGUUUUCGAAGAGCACAUACGCGUGCUAGAAAAGGAGCAAGUCGAAGAAAAAGAGCGGGAAAAGCGCCGCUUGAAGCGACAAAGUCGCAAAAAUCGCGACCAGUUCAUAGCCCUCUUGGACCAUCUUCACGAAGAAGGAAAACUGACGUCGAUGUCUCUGUGGGUUGAGUUGUACCCUAUUAUAUCGGCUGAUAUCAGAUUCUCCGCUAUGUUGGGUCAGUCGGGGUCUACUCCUCUGGACCUGUUCAAAUUUUACGUGGAGGACCUAAAGUCUCGCUUUCACGACGAGAAAAAAAUCAUAAAGGAGAUUCUCAAAGAGAAAAACUUUGAGGUUAAAGCGCACACCACUUUCGAUCAAUUCGCGACUGUCAUUUGCGAGGACAAACGUAGUGCGGAACUCGACGCUGGAAAUGUCAAAUUGACGUUCAAUUCUUUCUUGGAGAAGGCCGAAGCCAAAGAAAAGGAGCGCUUGAAGGAAGAAUCGAAAAAAAUGAAAAAGUUGGAGGCGAAUUUUAAAACCCUUCUGAGAGAAAUGAACAUCGAUUUUGAGUUGUCGUUCGAAGAAGUCCGAUCGAAACUCGAAAAAGAAGAAGAAUUCAUGGCAUUCACUUCAGAUACCGACAGAAUAAGAACUUACAAGGAUUACCAGCACGAAAUGGAGGAAAGUUGCAGUCACCACCAUUCGCGGUCAAAAAAAUCGAAGAAGAAGAAGAGCAAAAAGUACAGAUCUUCGUCCAGCGAUUCGGAAGAAGAGAAGGAAAAGGAGAAGACGAAAAAAUCUUCGCGAAGACGUUCGAGAAGCGAAUCGGUUCAGUCGGAGGAAGAGGAAGACGACUACCGGAAGCGGAAGUCAAAAAAAAAGCACAAAAAGAAGAGCCCGUCUAAUACACCCCUGCAUCAGCACAGGACGUCAGAGCCGGAUCCAGGCAGUAAAGGUGGCGAAAUGAGCGAGUCCGAACUGGAAAAACAACGCGCUCUUCUAUUGGCUAAGUUACAUAACGAGGACUCUGAAUGACAGUGGUCAAAUUUUAAGAAAAAUAUUUUAAAGCAUUCAAAAAUUAUGUAAUUGUUUUUUCCAUUUUUUGUGGGAAAUAAGGAAAUAUGUCGAAACUUAAAGUAGGUAAGUUUUAUAGUAAAGAAUAAAUAAAUGCAUA